AUGGCAUUGAAACUGUGGAUGCUGGGUGGCUGACAUGUCAGACAGAAAUAAGAUUACGCCUGCAUUAUUCUGAGAAACCACCUGUAGUGAUAUCUAAGAAGAAAUUUAAAACAUCAAGGUUUAGAGUAAAAUUGACUCUAGAAGGCCUAGAGGAAGAUGAGGAUGAUGAAGAGGGCCAAGAAAAAACAUCCCCUACUGUCCCUCAGAAAAUGGCAAACACUGUGGAGUUCUCCUUAAUAAGUAACAACGAAUAUAAAUGUCGACACUCUCAGCCAGACUGUGGUUAUGCUUUGCAGCCAGACCGAUGGAUAGAAUACACUAUACAAACCAUGGAGCCUGAUAACUUGGAAUUAAUCUUUGAUUUUUUUGAGGAAGAUUUAAGUGAGAAAGUAGUACAAGGUGAUGUGCUCCCAGGUCAUGUAGGCUCUGCCUGCCUCCUGUCAUCCACACUUGCCGAACGUGGAAAGAGGGCUGGAAUUCUUACUCUUGCUAUUAUGAGCAGAAAUCCAAGGAAGACAAUUGGAAAAGUUAGAGUGGACUACAUAAUUAUUAAGCCGAUCCAGGGAUACACUUGUGAUAUGAAGGCUUCGUAUGCAAAAUACUGGAAACCAAGAACAACUCUAGAUGUUGGACACCGGGGAGCAGGAAAUUCUACCACAACAGCUAAACUUGCUAAAGUUCAAGAGAACACUAUUGCCUCUCUGAGGAAUGCUGCUAGUCACGGAGCAGCAUAUGUGGAAUUUGACGUACAUCUUUCUAAGGAUCAUGUGCCUAUUGUAUAUCACGAUCUGACAUGUUGCAUGGCCAUGAAAAAGAAACAGGAUGCGGAGCCUUUGGAACUGUUUGAGAUCGCGGUCAAAGAACUCACGUUUGAUCAGCUGCAGUUAUUGAAGCUGGCUCACGUGACUGCCCUGAAAGUAAAAGAUCACAAUGCAUCUUUUAAAGAAGAAGAAAACUCUUUUGAGACCCAGCCAUUUCCUUCUCUGCAAAGAGUCCUGGAUUCUGUUUCUGAAGAUGUUGGGUUCAACAUAGAAAUAAAAUGGAUCUGCCAACAAAGGGAUGGACAGUGGGAUGGCAACUUGUCAACUUACUUUGAUAUGAACCUCUUCCUAGAUAUUAUUCUAAAAACUGUUUUGAUGAAUGCUGGAAGAAGAAGAAUUGUAUUUUCUUCUUUUAAUGCAGAUAUUUGUACAAUGGUUCGGCAUAAGCAAAACAAGUAUCCUGUGUUAUUUCUUACCCAAGGAGAAUCUAAACUCUAUCCAGAACUUAUGGAUCUUAGGUCUCGUACAACUCCAAUUGCCAUUACUUUUGCAGAGUUUGAAAACUUGCUGGGAAUUAAUGUGCACUCUGAAGAUCUGCUGAGGAAUCCAUCGUUUAUUAAAAGGGCCAAAUCUAAAGGCCUAGUUAUUUUUUCGUGGGGUGAUGAUGCAAAUGACCCAGAUAACAGGAAGAAGCUAAGAGACUAUGGUGUUCAUGGGCUAAUAUAUGACAGGAUAUAUGACUCGAAUCCCGAACAACUAAACAUAUUCCAGGUGGAACAGCUGGAGCGUCUCAAGAAUGAAUUACCAGAGUUGAAAAGCUGUGUGUGUCCCACGCUUAGCCACUUUAAAUCUCCAUGUAAAUGUCAUCAUAGCUGCCUGGAAGAGAAAGCUGUAGAUAACUUGAAGAGUGUUCAAAUGCAGAAGGACUGA